CACGGAGUGAGCAAGCCGAACCCACCAGCUGUUGUCCACGUUUUCGAACGCACUCCUCCUGUCGGCUGUCUGGACAGACAUUUGGGCCGACUUUGGUCAAAAAGAAAUUGGGAAGAAAAGUUAUUUAAAUCAAAAUCAAAUUAUUCCCAAUAGUCCUUUAAAAUGGCUAGUCAAAAACUCUCUAUGGCCGUACGCAAAUUCAGCACUAGCAAUGUAGCUAGUCAACUAGUAAAACCACCAAUUCAAAUUUUUGGUAUUGAAGGGCGUUAUGCUACAGCUUUGUACUCAGCUGCCAGCAAGCAAAAGUCCCUUGAGGGGGUUGAAAAGGAUUUGACUAGCUUGCAACAAUCACUUAAAACUGAUGCCAAAUUCAAGGAGUUCAUAAUGAACCCAACCCUUAAAAGGUCUCUGAAAUCAGAUGCUCUCAAAACUGUCUCAUCCAAAAUAUCGUUAAAAGCUGAAUCGGCCAAUCUUCUUCAAGCUUUAGCUGAAAAUGGUCGUCUCAAAAACUUGGACGGUGUUAUCACUGCUUUCAAAACCAUCAUGGCUGCUCACAGAGGAGAAGUCACCUGUGAAGUUGUAACUGCAAAAGAACUAGAUGCCGAUCAAAAGACCAAACUUCAAAGUGUAUUGAAGGCUUUCUUGAAAGCAGGUCAGUCGAUUCUGUUGACCACUAAAGUUGAUCCAUCUAUUAUUGGUGGAAUGGUUGUUUCCAUCGGCGACAGAUACGUUGAUAUGUCUGUUGCUAGCAAGAUUAAGAAAUAUUCUGAAAUUAUUAGUACUCCAGUGUAAAGUUUACUGUUAAUUGAAUUUAAUGCUUGUAAUAAUUAAUUAGAAAUAAAAAACGGUGUAAGUACUGUUCUUGCAUUUUUAAUGGGCUAAGUGUUUGCUCUAUAAUGCAAGUAUGGUAUCUUUCCUUUAAGCACAAUUU